CUCCCAAAAUGACACCCUCUCUUCUUCUCUUUCAUUAAACAGUAAGAACCAGAGAGCCGUUUAACAAAAAUUACCUAACCAAACCCAUCUUUCCUUCUUCCUACAAAUUCUUUAUUCUUUUUCCACUAAGAAAUGGAGCGGCGUACUAGCCGGAAUUUCAGUCGGAGUAUAAGCCGGAGUUUCAGCCGGGCCAGUUGGAGCAUGGAAGAUGUCUUCGCCAAUGGGAACCCUUCUCGCAGAAGCACUCGUGUCGAUGAAGACGAAGAGGCUCUCCGCUGGGCCGCCAUUGAAAAACUUCCCACAUACGACCGCCUUCGAACUAGUAUUUUGCAGUCCGUUAAUGAACCCGACCCCACCCUCGCCGGAAACUUGCCGGUUCAUAAGGAAGUCGACGUCCGGAAGCUCGGUGUCAGUGACCGCCAGGAUUUUAUUGAUCGGAUUUUUAAAGUCGCAGAAGAGGAUAACGAGAAGUUCUUGAUUAAACAGAAAAACAGAAUUGACCGGGUUGGAAUCCGACUUCCAACUGUUGAAGUGAGAUUCGAACAUCUAACAAUCGAAGCAGAUUGUCACGUGGGAAACAGAGCUUUACCAACGUUGCCGAACGUAGCAAGAAACAUGGCAGAAUCGGUCAUUGGCUUGUUUGGUAUAAAAUUAGCUAAGCAAACGAAGCUCACCAUUCUUAAAGAUGCGUCGGGUAUCAUCAAACCAUCGAGGAUGACGCUCUUGCUAGGACCCCCAUCCUCGGGAAAAACAACGUUGUUGUUGGCAUUGGCAGGAAAAUUAGACCCAGGUUUAAAGGUGAAGGGAGGAGUGACAUACAAUGGACACAAAUUGACAGAAUUUGUUCCACAAAAAACAUCGGCGUACAUUAGCCAAAACGAUGUUCAUAUUGGAAUUAUGACCGUUAAAGAAACCCUUGAUUUCUCUGCAAGAUGCCAAGGAGUUGGGACUCGUUAUGAACUGUUGAGUGAGCUUGCGAGAAGAGAGAAGGACGCCGGAAUCAAACCCGAGGCGGAAGUGGACCUUUUCAUGAAGGCAACCGCCAUGGAGGGCGUGGAGAGCAGCCUGAUUACCGACUACACUCUCAAAAUACUUGGACUUGAUAUUUGCAAGGACACUAUUGUUGGAGAUGAAAUGAUAAGGGGAAUAUCCGGUGGACAAAAAAAGAGAGUAACUACAGGAGAAAUGAUUGUUGGGCCCACCAAAACAUUGUUUAUGGAUGAAAUAUCAACUGGCCUUGAUAGCUCCACAACUUACCAAAUUGUCAAAUGCCUACAACAAAUUGUGCACUUGACUGAGGGAACAAUCUUGAUGUCCCUACUCCAACCUGCUCCCGAGACGUUCGAUCUUUUCGAUGACAUCAUUCUCGUCUCCGAGGGUCAGAUUGUGUAUCAGGGCCCGCGCGAACACGUCGUUGAAUUUUUUGAAUCUUGUGGAUUCAAAUGUCCAGAGAGAAAGGGAACUGCUGACUUCUUACAAGAGGUUACUUCGAGAAAGGAUCAAGAGCAAUAUUGGGGAGACCGGAGGAAGCCAUACCGGUUUAUUUCGGUGUCGGAAUUUGCCGGUAGAUUCAAGCGCUUCCAUGUCGGGUUGAGAUUGGACAAUGAGCUCUCAAUCCCAUACGACAAGUCUCGUGGUCAUAAAGCGGCUCUGGUUUUCUCCGAGAAUGUUGUCCCCAAAAUGGAGCUUCUCAAAGCUUGUUUUGACAAAGAAUGGCUACUCAUUAAGCGAAACUCGUUCGUUUACGUCUUCAAAACCGUUCAGAUCAUAAUCGUUGCCAUUAUAGCAUCCACAUUGUUUCUAAGGACGAGAAUGCACACCAGAGAUGAAUCGGAUGGGGCGGUCUUUAUUGGGGCUCUUCUGUUUUCCUUGGUUAGCAAUAUGUUUAAUGGCUUCUCUGAGCUUUCUAUGACCAUUGCUAGACUUCCGGUAUUUUACAAACAGAGAGAUCUUAAAUUCCACCCUCCAUGGACUUACACUAUCCCUACUGUCAUUCUUGGAAUCCCCACUUCCAUACUUGAAUCUGUUGUUUGGUUGCUGGUCACUUAUUACACCAUUGGAUUUGCUCCUGAGGCUAGCAGAUUCUUCAAGCAAUUGUUGUUGAUAUUUCUUGUCCAACAAAUGGCUGCUGGAGUGUUUAGGCUCAUAGCUGGUGUCUGUAGAAGCAUGAUCAUUGCCAACACUGGAGGGUCACUGAUUCUUCUCCUUAUAUUUCUACUGGGUGGAUUUAUCAUUCCUCGAAGUGAAAUUCCCAAAUGGUGGAUAUGGGGUUACUGGAUAUCACCUCUAACUUAUGGUUUCAAUGCUAUCACUGUUAAUGAAAUGUUUGCCCCUAGGUGGAUGAACAAGAUGGUUCCAAAUACUACGGUUAGCUUAGGUGUGAAGGUGCUGCAGAAUUUUGAUGUUUUUCCUGAUAGGAAUUGGUAUUGGAUUGGCAUUGCAGCUAUUCUUGGAUUUGCAAUUCUCUUCAAUAUCCUUUUCACAAUUGCACUUACCUAUCUUAAUCCACUCACAAAGCAUCAAGCAAUAAUAUCUGAAGAAACAGCAUCAGAGAUGGAGGCUAACCAAGAGGAUUCGCAAGAACCGAGACUAAGAAGACCGAUGUCGAAAAAAGAUUCGUUCCCUCGAUCUUUAUCAGCUUCGGAUGGGAACAAUACAAGAGAAAUGAAUAUGCAAAGAAUGAGUAGCAAUGGAUUAAGAAGAAACUCAAGUUCCUUGAUCGAGGAGGCCAAUGGUGUUGCUGGCAAGAAGGGAAUGAUCCUUCCUUUCAGUCCUCUUGCAAUGUCCUUUGACACUGUGAAUUACUUCGUGGACAUGCCUCCUGAAAUGAAAGAACAAGGAGUUACAGAGGAUAGGCUCCAACUUCUGCGUGGAGUCACGGGUGCUUUUCGUCCUGGAGUCCUCACUGCACUAAUGGGAGUCAGUGGCGCUGGAAAGACAACUUUGAUGGAUGUCUUAGCAGGAAGAAAAACAGGAGGUUAUAUUGAAGGGGAUAUCAAAAUUUCAGGGUUCCCUAAAAAACAAGAAACAUUUGCAAGAAUAUCUGGAUAUUGUGAGCAAAAUGAUAUCCAUUCUCCUCAAGUCACGAUUCGAGAGUCCUUAAUUUACUCAGCUUUCCUUAGGCUCCCAAAAGAAGUCAGCAAAGAGGAAAAGAUGGUGUUUGUGGAUGAAGUGAUGGACUUGGUGGAGAUAGACAACCUUAAGGAUGCGAUAGUAGGGCUACCUGGAGUUACAGGGUUGUCUACAGAACAGAGAAAAAGAUUGACAAUUGCAGUGGAGCUUGUUGCUAACCCCUCAAUCAUCUUCAUGGAUGAACCAACUUCUGGUCUUGACGCUCGGGCGGCUGCCAUUGUUAUGAGAGCUGUUAGAAACACUGUGGAUACUGGAAGAACAGUGGUUUGCACUAUUCACCAACCUAGCAUUGAUAUAUUUGAAGCCUUUGAUGAGUUGCUAUUAAUGAAAAGAGGAGGCCAAGUGAUCUACUUUGGACCUUUGGGUCGCAAUUCUCACAAAAUCAUCGAGUAUUUUGAGUCAAUUCCUGGAGUGCCCAAAAUCAAAGAGAAGUAUAAUCCAGCUACUUGGAUGUUGGAAGUAAGCUCUGUAGCUGCUGAAGUUCGUCUCGGAAUGGACUUUGCUGAACAUUACAAAUCAUCACCCUUGUAUAAGCGAAACAAGGAGCUGGUUACAGACUUAAGCACACCCCCACCGGGUGCCAAGGACCUGUAUUUUGAGAGUCAAUACUCACAAUCAACAUGGGGGCAGUUGAAAUGCUGCCUUUGGAAACAAUGGUGGACUUACUGGAGAAGCCCUGAUUACAACUUAGUCAGAUACUUUUUCACCUUGGCUGCUGCUCUCAUGAUUGGGACUGUUUUCUGGAAGGUUGGCACCAAAAGGGAAAGUUCGACUGAUCUGACCAUGGUCAUCGGGGCCAUGUAUGCUGCUGUAUUAUUUGUUGGAAUCAAUAAUUGCCAAACUGUACAACCCAUAGUUUCAGUGGAGAGAACUGUGUUCUACAGAGAAAGAGCUGCAGGAAUGUAUUCUGCAUUACCUUAUGCCCUUGCCCAGGUGUUGGUAGAGAUCCCAUUCAUUCUGGUUCAAACAACAUACUAUACUCUCAUCGUGUACUCCAUGGUCAGCUUUCAAUGGACAGCUCCAAAAUUCUUCUGGUUUUACUUCAUCAACUUCUUCUCCUUCCUCUACUUCACAUACUAUGGAAUGAUGACUGUCUCCAUUACACCAAACCAUCAUGUAGCAGCCAUAUUCGCAGCAGCAUUCUAUGCACUCUUCAACCUCUUCUCUGGCUUCUUCGUCCCAAGACCGAGAAUUCCCAAAUGGUGGGUGUGGUAUUAUUGGAUCUGCCCGAUAGCCUGGACCGUGUACGGGAUGAUCAUAUCGCAGUAUGGCGACGACGAGACACCGAUAUUCGUGCCCGGAGCAACUGCAACUGAGAAAGUUGCUAUAAGAUCUUACAUCGAAAGCAACUUCGGUUAUGAUCCUAACUUCAUGGGGCCAGUAGCAGGAGUUUUGGUUGGUUUUGCAGCCUUCUUUGCCUUCAUGUUUGCGUAUUGCAUAAAGACAUUGAACUUCCAGAUGAGGUAGAGAAGAGAUAGUGAUAUAUGUAUUAAAUAUAGCCAAUUCCUGUGAAUAUAUGUAUUAAAAGUAUAAUGACGAUAAUCUUCGAUCAUUUUAAAAGUUUUGAUAUAUUUGUAUGGUUAAAUGUAAAGGGUAUUAUUAGAUUGUCUUAAAUUUAA